CGUCUCAUGCUAUUAACGUUCGCGUUCAAGAGUUAUUAAAAAAAAUGUUCGCGUUCAAGACUUCUGCAAGAUCUAGGGUUACUUUGGCAAAUCGCGUUUCCUGCAAAAUUGAGUCCAAACACAUCUGAAAAUCGAGUUCAAGACGUCUGAUAAACCUAGGAUAACUUUGGCAAAUCAGUUCAAUACUUCGACCCUAUAUACCCUGGUUUCGAAAUCGAGUUCUAGGGGUGGCUGUUCUGACUUCUUGUCAUGAAGAGAAGUUAUCAGCAAUCAUCAUCCUCGGGUUCCUUUGGACCUCCGAAAUCCAAAUCCAGACACAAUCCAGAUGGUGAUGCCUUUUUGGAGGAUGAAAGCACAAAGAUCUUUGCCAAAAAAGUUGCAGACCAUUACAGUGCAAGAACAAACCAAACCUUGGAAGAGCGAGAAGCAAGUCCCAUUAUUCAUUUAAAGAAACUCAAUAACUGGAUCAAAAGUGUUCUGAUUCAACUAUAUGCAAAGAGGGGGGAUGCAGUUCUUGAUCUUGCCUGUGGUAAGGGUGGUGAUUUGAUCAAAUGGGACAAGGCAAAAAUCGGAUACUAUGUUGGAAUUGACAUAGCAGAUGGCUCUAUAGAAGAUUGUCGCACCCGUUACAAUGGUGAUGCAGAUCAUCAUCAACGCCGUAAAAAAUUCACCUUUCCUGCUCGACUUUUAAGUGGAGAUUGUUUUGAGGUACAAUUGGAUAAAGCUUUAGCUGAUGAUGCGCCUUUUGAUUUAUGUAGUUGUCAGUUUGCUAUGCAUUAUUCAUGGUCUACUGAGGCACGUGCCAGAAGAGCAUUGGCUAAUGUUUCAUCAUUACUUCGUCCAGGAGGAAUAUUUAUUGGAACAAUGCCUGAUGCUAAUGUUAUUGUAAAAAAACUAAGAGCAGCUGAUGGAUUGGCUUUUGGAAAUAGUGUUUACUGGAUUCACUUUGAUGAUGAAUUCUCAGAGAAGAAAUUUAAGUCCUCAAGCCCCUUUGGCAUUAAGUAUAAAUUCCAUCUUGAGGAUGCUGUUGAUUGUCCAGAGUGGAUUGUCCCAUUUCAUGUGUUUAAAUCGCUUGCAGAAGAGUAUGAUUUGGAGCUUGUUUUUGUGAAGAAUUCACACGCAUUUGUUCAUGAGUACAUGAAAAAGCCUGAAUUUAUUGAAUUAAUGAGAAGACUCGGUGCCUUGGGUGAUGGAAAUCAAGACCAAACUACACUUUCACCAGAUGAAUGGGAGGUAGCUUAUCUAUAUUUGGCAUAUGUUUUAAGGAAGCGAGGUCAACCAGAACAAAACAGAGGAAAUACACGAAGAGACAAAGGGAAGAUGCAUCUAGAAAAGGAAGACAUAACGUAUAUCAGAAGCUGAUUUAAUUGAAAACAGAUGUUAAGUUUUGUAAAAUAAUUAAAAUUAUAUUUCCUUAUUUUUUCUUUUUGGCUUCAAAAUAGAAAGCCUUUGUUACACACCAUGAUUUCAUAGAAUUUCACGUUCUGUAUAAUUUGUAUUCUAUCAGUUGCUAAGUUUAGUUAU